UGCGGCCUCGAGACUCGACACGUUCCAACUUCAGUUCCAAGUAGCGCGGUGACGUCACAGGUCAGCUGACCCGUUUGUUUUGCUGCAGGAGGCCGCCCAGAUCAAAACAGACGGAGGAAGGAAGCGACGCCGAACACUCGCCCGAGAGCUGCCUCCGCGGACCCGUGUAUAUUCUUUUACUGUCGGUUUUAUUCGACGGCACGAUGCCUUCGGAGAAGAGCUUCAAGCAGAGGAGGACGCUCGAACAGAGACUAGAAGACGUGAGACUGAUCCGAGAGCAACACCCCAACAAGAUCCCGGUGAUCAUCGAGCGCUACAAAGGAGAGAAGCAGCUGCCCGUCCUGGACAAGACCAAGUUCCUGGUGCCGGACCACGUCAACAUGAGCGAGCUCAUCAAGAUCAUCAGGCGGCGCCUGCAGCUGAACUCCAACCAGGCCUUCUUCCUGCUGGUCAACGGCCACAGCAUGGUGUCGGUGUCGUCGGCCAUCUCUGAGGUGUACGAGCGCGAGCGCGACCAGGACGGCUUCCUCUACAUGGUGUACGCCUCGCAGGAGACCUUCGGGUCGCCCGCCCACUGAGCCCCUCCUCUCCACCCACCUGUCUCCGGCCAUGUUGGAUCUCACGGCCGUCGGGACGGGACGGGUGCUGCUCCUGCGUCUCCAUGAACAAACGGUCCUCUGCGUCCCCUCCCCCCAUCUGAGAUGCUAGUUUGCUACGUUGCCUUGGUGUCGACACCAGCUGAAGCCGUCUGGGUCCGACACGUCCGCUCUGAAGCGUCCCGUGUGUUGCCCGCCCUCUGACCCCUGACCCCGCCUGCCCUACGGUUUUAUAUCGCAGUAUUUUAUCUUCUUUAUUUAAGGUUUUAUUUCUUCUUUGCUCGACCAAGUAAACCUGUCCACACACACACACACACACUCAUGUAGCCAUCUUUGUAUUUAUGUUGGGAUUUUGUAAACAAUAAAAAGGGGGAAAACUGA